GUCACAGUUUCUCGAGCCGUGAUAGAUAUUGAAAGAUCUGUAUUACCAACAUUGCAGGGCGCAGAACUUAGGCAGCAGAUGAUGCGUGACUCAUAAACCAUGCUCAUGUUGUAGGACAUGUAUAUCUGAACUCGGUUGCAUCGCCCAUGUCCCCGUCCCGUCCCUGGAGCUACAGCUCUUUCCGAAAAUUCCAAGCACCACACUUUGCAUUUGAAAAUUGCCCCGCAUUGACCUGGAGUCGCUCUCCCUGCUUCUACAACCUCUGUGAUCAAUACCAGAGGACUCAGACUCGACUCAGACUCACACUGUUUCCUGACGAGUCUCUUCACUGAAUUCGGACCGCUGCAUAAUAACAUCAGGUCUUUCUUAAACGAUUGUGGCCAUGUCCGACCUCAACUCCUGGGAAGACGACCCCUCAGCGCAGGAUGAGAACCUGUCGCGUCAGGCGCAAAAUUUGAACCUCAACAACCAGCAGAGACAAGGUGGUUUCAACGCUGGCGGCGCAUCAUUCACUCCCGGUGCCGCCUCCUUCACCCCCGGUGCCGCUUCCUUCACCCCCUCCGCUCAGGCCUACGGUGGCUACCCCCAGUACGGCCAGCAACAAUACUACGGCGGACAAGGCGGUUACCCUCAGUACGGCGGUCAAGGCUUCAGCCAAUACCAGAACCAGGGCCAGGGCGCAGGCUACGGUCAGCAAGGCUUCCAACAAGGAUACGGCCAGCAAUAUCCUCAGUACGGCCAACAACAGUUCCAACAAACCCAGAACCAGAGACAGAAUCAGCAGCAACAAGCAGCCAAACCUACUCCCACCAUCGCCAAGCGCCCAGAUUCCGCUGCUUCCUCGUCAGCGACCGACAAGCCCACAGUCGAGAAGACUGGUGGUACAAAGAUCCUGAGCAUUGGAGGAGACGCUGCUAAGCCCACGGUCACUAAGGAAGGUGCUGCUAAAGUCUUGUCCAUUGGCGUGCCCGCUCCCCCCAAGGAUGAGCCCAAGAAAGAGGCUGAGGCUGCUCCUGAAGCAGGCAACAAGGCUACCGCUGCCAAGGCUGUCGAAAAGGCUGGAGAGACCACCAAGACUGCUAGCGGAAGGACAUCGCCAACACCAUCAGCUGACUCGGGUCGAUCUAGCCCUAGCAGAGCCGAGGUCAAGCAGUCCAAGGCAGCGGCUGCUGCUGAAAAGCGAGAAGCCGACGCAGUCGCCAAGGCGCAAUCAGCUGAUGUCGAUGAAGAGACCUUGAAGGACAUGUACGGCAAAGAGCACGUCAACGUCAUCUUCAUCGGUCACGUCGAUGCUGGCAAGUCCACACUUGGUGGUGCCAUUCUUGCAGCUACUGGCAUGGUCGAUGAGCGUACUUUGGACAAAUACAAGCGAGAAGCAAAGGAGCUUGGGCGUGAGACCUGGUACCUGUCGUGGGCUCUGGAUCUCACCAAGGAGGAGCGUUCCAAGGGUAAGACAGUUGAAGUCGGUCGAGGAUUCUUCGAAACCGAAAAAAGACGAUACUCGAUCCUCGACGCCCCUGGUCACAAAACAUAUGUCGCCAGCAUGAUCGGCGGCGCUGCCCAGGCUGACGUCGGUAUCCUCGUCAUUUCUGCUCGAAAGGGUGAGUACGAGACUGGUUUCGAAAAGGGCGGCCAGACCCGUGAGCACGCCAUGCUAGCCAAGACUCAGGGUGUGAACAAGUUGGUCGUUGUUAUCAACAAGAUGGACGACCCCACUGUUGAGUGGUCAGAGGACAGAUACAAGGAGUGUACGACCAAGCUGGCAGUGUUCCUCAAGGGAACCGGUUACAACUUGAAGACAGAUGUUUUCUUCAUGCCCAUCGCAGCGCAGCAGCUGUAUGGUAUCAAGGACAGAAUACCGAAGGGUGUCUGCAAAUUCUACGACGGGCCAUCUCUGCUCGAAUACCUCGACGGCAUGUCUACUGUCGAGCGUAAGCUCAACGCACCCUUCAUGAUGCCCGUGGCUGCCAAGUAUCGUGACAUGGGUACUAUGAUUGAGGGCAAGAUUGAAGCUGGUGUUAUUAAGAAGGGUAUGUCCUUGAUCAUGAUGCCUAACAACGACAAGAUCGACAUCACGGCUGUGUAUACCGAAACCGAAGAAGAAGUCGGCAUUGCCCAGAGUGGUGACCAGGUCCGCAUCAGAUUGCGUGGUCUCGAAGAAGAAGAUAUCCUGCCUGGUUUCGUUCUCUGCUCGCCAAAGCGUCUGGUCCACAGGGUUUCAGAGUUCGAGGCUCAGAUCCGCAUUCUUGAUCUGAAGAGCAUUCUUAGCGCUGGUUUCAAUUGUGUAUGCCACGUGCACACAGCUAUUGAAGAGGUCACUUUCUCAGCUCUGCUUCACAAGCUGCAGAAGGGCACCAACCGCAAGAGUAAAGUACCUCCUUCCCAUGCCAAGAAAGGCGACAGCAUUAUUGCCCGCCUACAGAUUAUUGGUGGCGCCGGAUCAAUCUGCAUCGAAAAAUUCGAUGACUACCCUCAGAUGGGCCGUUUCACCUUGAGAGACCAGGGCCAAACCAUUGCCAUCGGCAAGAUCAUCAAGCUCAUCACGGAUGAAAAUGCUUAAACGACCACCGCAUGACUUUACGAAGCACGAGAUUGGGCCAAGAGUUUGUCCGGGACGACUAUACCGUAUUCGUGUGGCUAGUCUCAUGAGAACAGUGUAUGUACAACGAGCUACGGCAACUAAGAUAGAAGUGGAAACGGGAGGACCACUAUGGAAAAUGCUGAAGAUCCGGGGACCUAACGCGUCCAGGAUGUUCAGAGCCAACUCAGUACUAGCCAUCGUAGAUAGAGGGGCUCGGCAUUGCAUGCCUAGCCUCGAGAUAGUUGACUAGGCUGCCAAGUAUAAACACGUCGCAAAAAGAA